AUGUUUUCUCGAAAAAGAAAGGAAUCGACCAAAUCUCCCAAUUCAAAGAAGAGUCAAGCAGGAAACACUGGACCACACAGCUCCUCACUGGCCAUCCUUCAGGAGCAGCCACACAGAGACACUACUGAUGGACCAUCCAUUGUGGUUCCUGUGGAAUCUCUUUCCUCCAGUAGCCCUGUCAACCCAUCGCUGCUCCACGCCAAACUGGUCGGCUGCCCCUCUCCCGUGGCCACCCUCAAACGUCCUACUGCCCUGAGCCGCCAUGCUAGUGCUGCUGGCUUCCCCUUCCAGAGUGCGGGGACCUGGGGCUUCAACAAGGCCCAUAGCAGGGGUGCCUCUGCUCACAGUCCCUCAGUAGAAAAUGCAGAGGGAGUUGCUAUCGAGGUGGAGGACAUCCCUGCUCUCCUCAGGGAUGUGGCACGUUUCGCUGAAGCUGUGGAGAAGUUAAAGGAUGUGGUUCUGGGUGAAGGUAAGGAGGGUCGGAGGACACUGGCUCAUGAGUGUUUGGGGGAGGUGUUACGAAUCCUGCGUCAGGUGAUCAGCACAUACCCUCUACUCAACACUGUGGAAAUACUCACUGCUGCUGGAACACUCAUCUCUAAGGUCAAAGGCUUCAGUUAUGAAGGCAGCAGUGAGGUAUAUAAGAAAGACUUUGAGAAGGCCAUCGAAACCAUUGCUGUGGCUUUCAGCAGCAAUGUGUCAGAGUUGCUGAUGGGAGAGGUGGACAGUAGCACCCUCUUGUCCCUGCCACCAGCAGAGAAGAGCAGGUCUAUGGAGAACCUGCAUGGGGCCUCAUCAGGGCAGGGAACAGAUGGAGCUGUCAGAAGUGACCAUCAAGACAGCGUGAUGAGUGCAGAGCAGGUGGAUAUUAUCUUGCAGAAGAGUGAGGGAGGAGUGGAGUCUGCCCUAGCCUAUGCUAAGAGCAUCUCUAAGUAUAUAAAGGAUGUCACUGGUUAUGUGGAAAAGAGAAUCGCACUCGAGAUGGACUUUGCAAAAGGCCUUCAGAAACUGUACCAGUCCUGCAAACAGAGUAUCACGCAGUCUCAUAUGCCAUUAGUUUCCAUAUACUCCCUGGCUCUGGACCAGGACUUGGAGCAAAGUUUGGGAGUGCAGCAAGCCACUGCUUCUGCACACUUACACACCUUUUUACAGCCGUUGAUGCAGCGUAAGCAGGAGCAUGAGAAGAAACGCAGAGAGAUAAAGGAACAGUGGCAGAGAGCCAGGAGAAAACUGGCCGAGGCGGAGAGUAACCUGCGCAGAGCCAAACAGCAGUACAUGGCUCGCUGUGAGGAGUAUGAAAAGGCACGGACAGUAGCCAAUAAGGUGGAGGAGGAGCAGGGUGGGGCAGGAAGCAGUUCCACCACCAAAGCUCUGGAUAAGAAGAGACGUCUUGAGGAGGAAGCUCGCAACAAGUCAGAGGAGGCAGAGGCCACCUAUCGGACCUGCAUUGCCGAUGCUAUAACUCAGCAGGAAGAGCUGGAGGAUGUGAAGGUCAAUGUGUUGAGACAGAUCCAGGAGGUCAUCAGAGUGAGUGACCAGACCCUCAGUGCUUGUACUAUCUCAUAUUACCAGAUCAUGCAUGUCCAGACAGCAGUCUUGCCCGUGCAUUAUCAGACUCUGUGUGAGAGCUGUAAACUCUAUGACCCGGGCCAGCAAUACGCUGCUCAUGUUAAAAACCUCCAACUCAACCCAGAGCCAACUGUACAGUACUGCUUUGAGCCAUACACUGCCACCAACCAGCAGUCCACACGGACUCGUAAUGACAGCCUCAGUAGCGACCACCGUCAGAGCAGCUUGGAAACUCCGCCCAGCUCUGGGGAGGCGGACCAUGAAGAAGGAGGCAUGGUUAAGCAGAGAAGAGGCCGGGAUCACCAGGCUCAUAAGUCUUGGCCGGCGACGCUGAGUGACACAGACAGCGUGGGAGGAGGAAGUGGUCUGGGAACCCCUAGCACAAGCACAGGGGACAUCACAAAACCUCCAAGGCCCAUGUCAGCUGGUACCUUAUCAUCCAAUGAGGACUUAGAUGAGAGAGAUGGGAACAUGACCUCUUUUGAACAGAGUAUGAAUGGCAUUGAACCACAGACAGUGGCAACUACUGGACCCUUUAGAAACGUAGGACUGUCCAAGGCAGCUAAGACGCAUCGCCUGCGCAAACUCCGCGCUCCAUCCAAAUGUCGCGAGUGUGACAGCUAUGUGUAUUUCCAAGGAGCAGAGUGUGAGGAGUGUUUUUUGGCCUGCCAUAAGAAGUGUUUGGAGUCUCUGGCCAUUCAGUGUGGCCAUAAAAAACUACAGGGUCGUCUGCAGCUCUUCGGCCGGGACUUCACUCACGCUCUGCAGGGCAAUGCGGGGGAUGUGCCCUUUAUCAUCAAAAAGUGCAUCCAGGAGAUUGAGAGGAGAGCUCUGAAAAUGAAGGGAAUUUACCGUGUGAACGGAGUGAAGACACGGGUAGAGAAGUUGUGCCAGGCCUUUGAAAACGGAAAGGAGCUGGUGGAGCUCUCUCAUGCUUCACCUCACGACAUCAGCAACGUGCUCAAACUCUACCUCAGACAGCUGCCAGAGCCCAUCAUGCCCUUCCGCAUGUAUAACGAUUUGAUGGGGCUGGCCAAGGAGAGCAUGCAGGGCGAGAACAGUGAGGGAGGGGAGGGAGGCAGAGGACCAGAGCUGGUGGACCUGGGGCCACAGACAGAGCCAGAGGUCCUUGUCCUGGUGCAGAAACUGAGGGAGCUGUUACGGGAGCUGCCUCAGUCCAACAUUGCCACGCUCAGAUACAUCAUACGACAUCUGAGAAGAGUGUCUGAGUGUGAGCAGGACAAUAAGAUGAGUCCAAGUAAUUUGGGAAUUGUGUUUGGACCCACGUUAAUGAGACCCAAACCGACGGGCGCCACCGUGUCUCUGUCCUCCCUGGUGGAUUACCCCCAUCAGGCUCGCAUCGUAGAGGCGUUUAUUGUUUUCCAGGACGAAAUUUUCUACUCAAAUGAUACCAGUGGCUCCAGGCCUGUCUCAUCUUCCUCAUUCACCUCCCAGGGCAGAGGUGGAAUGAACGGGUGUCAGGACGGAGAUGAGGAACAGAGUAGAGCAGACGACUGUGGUCUCUCUCUGGGUUCAUCUGGUUCUCGAGAGCGCUCCCUGGAUUCUGAUUCAGAAUUAGAAGACACGGGGAAGGGUGGUCGAGAGCGCCCCCUUCUGAUCAGUCAAGGAAGUGAGACCAGCAUAGAAGAAGAACAGCUGAGUCCUCGGAUCAGUCUGGACCUGAGCACAGCUGUGCCAGAGACCAUUCCUGAACAGCCUGCCAGCACGGAGACCACUACUACACAGCCUACCAACGCAGAGACCACCCCAGCUCAUCCUACCGACACAGAGACAACCCCAGCUCAGCCUACUGGCGCAGAUACAGAGACAACACAGGCAGAACAAGUCUCUGAACAGUAGAGAACAGGCCAGUAUGUCAGUCUGAAGGGUGAGGGGGAAUAACAGCGUCUAUCAGAUUUCUAUGUUAAAGUUCAUAUUAUUUACAGUAAUAGAUCAGAGCAGAACUGGAACAUCAGUUGCUC